UUGCGCAGUAUAGAUGACAGGGAAGUUGUGAGCAGUUGACGCAAGACUACUUGUAGUACACCUACAUUUAGCGCAAGCAGCAUCGGAGUUUUGUAAAAGAAAAAAAUUGAUAUGGGGGAAAAAGACACAAAAAAAGAACAAAAUACACAGACUGUUGUUCGUGAAUUUGAGCCUGCAGACCAACCAGCAGUCCAGCAGAUUUUUUAUGAAGGACUCAUGGAGAUGGUACCAGACACAGCCUUCAGAGCUUUGAGACAUCACCCUGAGAGUGUUCUGCUUUAUACAGCAAUGACAGUUAUAUGCUUUACCGUCACCAUGAGCUGGUGGGUGAUAGGGCUUCUCCCAGUUAUUGUGUUGAGUUUGCGCUACUUCUACAGCAGACGCGUGAUCCACGGGUACCUGAGGAAAGCCAUGAGCACAGACAUGGGAGACAUUGAGAGGUUUUACAUGAAAUCACCAGGUUCCUAUAUGUGGGUAGCCGUACUGCAGGGAAGAGUUGUGGGUGUCGUAGCAGCACUCAUCCAGCAGGAUGAGUCAGGGGUUGUGGUCGAGCUGCAGCGAAUGUCUGUUGCCCGGAACCAUCGGCAUUGUGGAGUUGGCAGUGCGCUGGGACAGAAAGUUAUUGAGUUUGCUGCCAGUCACGGAUAUUCUUCUGUGUUUCUGGGGACCACAGCGUACAACCCGGCAGCACACCGGCUCUACCAGCGCCUGGGGUUCCGUUGCGUAGGAGUCACCAAUGGGUACGUCACGCCGGGAGCAACACAGUCCUUAAUGGAAUGGAUUUUCUACAGGGUCAGCCAUCAUCACUACAGGAUCAACCUCUCAAAAAAUUAGAAGGGAAUUUUCAAGACUGUCCUGACAGGCACAGGCAUGAAACACAAUGACGAAUUGAACACAAUACUGAAAGUUUCCCCAGAACUGGAAUGUGUCACACAUCACCACAUCCUUUCUAAUACACUACAGUUCCACCCUUAAAAGCCUUGUAAUUGUAAUGUACUGUGGGGUUUGAGUGUUUUACUACAACAUCUUCUCAUGUGGAUAUGGGCCUAUCUGGGCAUAUUGACAAGUCAAUGAUGACUGCAUGUUCGAACAUAUUUAAUAUAUCAAAUAGUCUAAUUUGCAUGUCUGUCUGCGGUGUCUUUCAAAAUCUUGAGGGAAGUACUUCCAGAAAGUGCUUAAUUUUGGAAACUGUUGAUUACGCAGUUAUACCUGUCAUGGAUUAUUGCGCAUUAGCUUUUUGUUGUUGCUUAAACACACUCACAUUAGAUCUCAAGCUCUUGCUUAAUUCUAUUCCCCAGAUGUCUGCUUGUGUGAAGCAGCCUUGCCUCAGUUAGUCAAAACCGUUUGAAUGACAAAGGACACUCAUUUGAAGACAGCAAUGAUCUUAGCAUAUCGGUCUGAAAGAGGAGUAAAGGAAGCCAUCUGUGUUAGACUGGACAACGUUCUCUGAACAGAGAAGGUGGACUGAGAUAUAAUCUGCCAUCAAUUUAUAAUUCUGUCCUAACCUCUGUCUCCAAGAAGUUGCAAUCCCAUUUCGCACCUUCAGAUUGGAGCCUCUGACUGAUAAUGUACUGUUCAUUCGGGAUGAGUCCUUGUCCUUAGCAGCACCAGGUGGUGAUAGAGUUGGUGAGCAUGAACUGAUGAUGACAGCGUAAAAAGACUGUCAGUCUUCUACGCUGUCAUCAUCAGCCAUCAUUAUUUUUAAACUCUCUCUCUUUAGAUAAACGUUUUAUCACUUACUUUUAUUUCUUAAAAAAAAUUCUCUAUUAUACCUAACCUGAUUAUCAAAAAUAUUAUUAUGAUUGAGAAAAAUACAAAAAUCCGAACUCUUCCAUUUAUUUAUUUUGUAUUUUAUUGGUUCAGAUCCACAAGUAUAUACAUUGAUAAUCCUGCACUAUAUAACAUAUGUUUAUCGACUACUCUCAUAUAAUGCCACAGGUAGUUUAUAUAAAAUUAAUCAUCUUAUAUAUUAUCAUUUAUAAUAAUAAUAGAUCCUUUGAUUGUAGGAUUCUGAGAUGCUGUUAUUGGAGGAAUCAGUUUUAAGUCCAGUUCUCAACUUCUUUGAUACUGACUUGACGUGUCAGUCAAAGUCAAAUUAACAUGUAUAAAUUUUAAUUGUCAUCUUUUUAGUUUAUUUAUCUAGGCCCAAUAUCUGUUGUGUGCAAAAGCAUUUACAAAUCUGUCGCGUCCUGUUUUGGACAUGCCAAUAGUAAACAUGAAUGACUUGACUGGAUACAUCCAUUCUGAGCAAAACAGCUCAGAAACUAGUAAAUAGUCUUUUUCUCAAUUACUCUACAACAGAGAGGGGGUUUUGUAUAUGCCCUCUUUAAAAGUUAUGAAACCAAACAGAGAAGACAGAAACAGUAACAUGAUCAGCAGUACAGAGGAUAUUUUAUGAUGAGCCAAUGGAGAUGGUACCAGACACAGCCUUCAGAGCUUUGAGACAUCACCCUGAGAGUGUUCUGCUUUAUACAGCAAUGACAGGCAUGCACAUUUUAAAUUGCAAUAAAAACAGGACUUUUCUUUUCCUUUUUCUUAA